CUAUUUUUGGGAUUCUUGAAAGGAGUAGGAGUACGAUGCCUCCUCCUAACUCUUGCAGCACUGAUUCCCUUCACAAUCUGUGAUACGGUUUCUCAGAAAUGCUGUUUGGCAGUCCUGGUAAUUUCAUGUGUUUUCAAACUCAAGCCACCCAGACUCCACAGUUCAGUAUUUUCAGCUCCUUUCAUUUUCCUUUUCCCUUUAAUUAUAGAAGCCUCUAUUCCCUCUUUUUGCAAAUGCGGUCAAGUUAGAUGCUCCAUGCUACUAUUUGUAGAAGAUACAUGCUUUUUUUUUUUUUUUUGCUUUUUUUCCUCCCCCCCCCAGGACGCUCCACAGACGCUUCUCUGGAGGUAGGAAGGCUGUGCUGUACCUGGCGGCGCAGACGGCAGCGUCCUGGGGGGUCGUGCGAGCUCCCCGGGACCCUCAGCUCCCCCCCUCGGGCUUCGGUGAACGCCGCAGCAGCCCCGGGGCCGCAAGCAAACGCCAACGCUCUAAUUUUAAACUUGCACCGUGAAGCACUUUGCAGAGCGGAGCUCCGUCUCCUCCCUUCGCGCCCUCGCUUCCUCGGGACUCGCGCGCGGGGCUCCCCAGGGCCGCGGGUGGACGCCGCAGCCCCGCUCCCCUCGCGCGGCCUCGUCGCCAAUCGCAGUUUGAAAGAAAACUUCGGCAUGGACCUCCGGGCGCCGCUGCAGUCCCUCCUUCCCGGCCGGCGGAGAACCCCGACAUUGUCACCUCCUCUUUGAGGGGUUAGAAGAAGCGGAGAUCUCCCGACAGAGCUGGAAAUGCACUGCACUUUGACUAUGGAAACAGAGGCUAUUGAUGACUAUAUAACGUCAGGUGACAAUGAGCUUUCACCUGAAAGAGAGCACUCCAAUAUGGCAAUUGACCUCACCUCAAGCACACCCAAUGGACAGCACGCCUCACCAAGUCACAUGACAAGCACAAACUCAGUAAAGCUAGAAAUGCAGAGUGAUGAAGAGUGUGACAGGAAACCCCUGAGCCGUGAAGAUGAGAUCAGGGGCCAUGAUGAAGGUAGCGGCCUAGAAGAACCCCUAAUUGAGAGCAGCGAGGUGGCUGACAACAGGAAAGUCCAGGAGCUUCAAGGCGAGGGAGGAAUCCGGCUUCCGAAUGGUAAACUGAAAUGUGACGUCUGUGGCAUGGUUUGCAUUGGGCCCAAUGUGCUUAUGGUACAUAAAAGGAGUCACACUGGUGAACGUCCCUUCCACUGUAACCAGUGUGGAGCUUCUUUUACUCAGAAGGGCAACCUUUUGAGACACAUAAAGUUACACUCUGGAGAGAAGCCCUUCAAAUGUCCUUUUUGUAGCUAUGCCUGUAGAAGAAGGGACGCCCUCACAGGACACCUCAGGACCCACUCUGUGGGUAAACCUCACAAGUGCAACUACUGUGGACGAAGCUACAAGCAGCGCAGUUCACUGGAGGAGCACAAGGAACGCUGCCACAACUAUCUCCAGAAUGUCAGCAUGGAGGCUGCUGGGCAGGUCAUGAGUCACCAUGUACCUCCUAUGGAAGAUUGUAAGGAACAAGAGCCUAUCAUGGACAACAAUAUUUCUCUGGUGCCUUUUGAGAGACCUGCUGUCAUAGAGAAGCUCACAGGGAAUAUGGGAAAACGUAAAAGCUCCACUCCACAAAAGUUUGUGGGGGAAAAGCUCAUGCGAUUCAGCUACCCAGACAUUCACUUUGAUAUGAACUUAACAUAUGAGAAGGAAGCUGAGCUAAUGCAGUCUCAUAUGAUGGACCAAGCCAUCAACAAUGCAAUCACCUACCUUGGAGCUGAGGCCCUUCACCCACUGAUGCAGCACCCGCCAAGCACAAUCGCUGAGGUGGCCCCAGUUAUAAGCUCAGCUUAUUCUCAGGUCUAUCAUCCAAAUAGGAUAGAAAGACCCAUUAGCAGGGAAACCUCCGAUAGUCAUGAAAACAACAUGGAUGGUCCUCUCUCUCUCAUCAGACCAAAGAGUCGGCCCCAGGAAAGAGAGGCCUCUCCCAGCAAUAGCUGCCUGGAUUCUACUGACUCAGAAAGCAGCCAUGAUGACCACCAGUCCUACCAAGGAAACCCUGCCUUAAAUCCCAAGAGGAAACAAAGCCCAGCUUACAUGAAGGAGGAUGUCAAGGCUUUGGAUACCACCAAGGCUCCUAAGGGCUCUCUGAAGGACAUCUACAAGGUCUUCAAUGGAGAAGGAGAACAGAUUAGGGCCUUCAAGUGUGAGCACUGCCGAGUCCUUUUCCUAGACCAUGUCAUGUACACCAUUCACAUGGGUUGCCAUGGCUACCGGGACCCACUGGAAUGCAACAUCUGUGGCUACAGAAGCCAGGACCGUUACGAGUUUUCAUCACACAUUGUUCGAGGGGAGCACACAUUCCACUAGGCCUUUUCAUUCCAAAGGGGACCCCUAUGAAGUAACAAACUGCACAUGAAGAAAUACUGCACUUACAAAUCCCACCUUCCCUCAGAUGUUGACAUACCUUUUUUUUUGUUUAAUAUUAUUACUGUCAUUAAUUCUUAUUUUGUGGACACAGUGUCAUUUGCUCUGCCUAAUUACAAUAAGGAAAAAACAGAAGAGCGAAGGGACAGGGGAUAUUGUUUCUUGGUAAACUUGGCUUGUUUAUUUUGUGGGAAUUUAAGAGCAGUUCCAUUUCUGCCAUGCAUAAAUACAAGGUAUAUCAUGCUUUGGAAAAAAAAAAUCACUUGAUUCACCUGAGAGAUUCUAAUUUGCCACUGAUGUUCAGGAUUAUGGUUGAAGGUAGGAAAGUUUAGAGUAUUCUGGGUAGAACUUUCACAGUUUAAAGUGGCAUAAGUAAUUUUACCCUUCAAGGAAGAAUUUGUUUCAAAAUGUAAACUGUUUUGUUUUUUUUUUUUUCCCCUCUAGAGAUCAUGGAACACAAACAUUGUUACUUUCAGUGAUAACUCCUUGGAUGAGUUGUUGUGGGUUCUAUGUUUACUUCCCCAGUGGAAUUUAUAAUACGGUAUGCUGUACACUGUACCAUAUAGCAAAACUUUUAAACUACAGGUAGUUAAGGACACCUACAAUACAUCUGAGGUCCUAUGAUCUUAUUUUUCUAAACUUAAGCACUGUUUUCCAUAGUUUUGAUGACUGGCAUUUUAUAGACACCCUGGCAGCCUUACUUUUAACACCUUUAAUGAAUAGUAUUUUUAUCUAGUCUUAAGAAUAACAUAUGGUCUAAGAGUGGCUAAGAGGCAGUCAGUAGUUUCCAGGAAGGACCUCUACUUUUCAUAAAUUUGUUUGGGAAGUUUUCUUUUAAAGUUGUAAUGUGAUGGCAGCAUAGUUUGCGUAUUUGUUUCUAAAAGUAUGCUUACGAUUGUCACUUUAUCAGCAUUUAAUCAGUGUUAACCAGUCAGCAGAAAAAUAUAAUUAGGCUAACAGUGGGGGGGGGGACCCACUCAGAAAUCUCUUUUCUGGUAUGUCUCUUUUCACUGUUUUUUUUUUUUUUUCAAGCUGUGACCACCCAGUGUUCUAUCCAUAGUCCAUCAUCUUUUACUAUUUAAGUGGAAGAUCAUAAAAAUCUUGUUUGAGGUUUUUGCUUUCCAAAUCUUGGAGCAAUUACUAAUUCAACUUGAAUGGGUAACUUGAACCCCAUAAGUUGUGGAAUUAGGGCUAUUUAUUCUAGUAUUUCUUCAAUAAUAAUAUUUACCACUUUUGGUGCAAGGAAAAGGGAACUUCUUUGUAACCUGUACAUUAGACUACAGAUAAACAAAAAACAAAGCUUAUUUUUACCCUUCUUGGAGUCUAGUAACCUAACCUCCAAGUGAAAGUCACCAUGUCCUGCACAUUUUUCUCUAUCUUGAAAACAUUCAACUAUUUAUAAAUCCCUGUCAGAAAUGAAUCUCAAUCCCUUAGUAAAAACUUUCUCUUCUUUAUCUGUACAUAUGUCACCAUUUUUCAUGUGCAAAUUUUUUAUUUCAUUUAUAAGGGUGCUGUUUUUUCUCUGCAGUCCAGCAGCAUUAGAGGGAAGGAACCAAAUGAGAUCUGUCAUUUUGGGGAGAUAUACUUGGGUGCAGAACUUGCUGCUUGUGUUGAGGGAGGACAGGCCUGCCCAUGACUGGAUUAUCUGGUAGCCAUUUAGGAUUACUGAUUCUGUUAAGCAGUAACUGAUAACUGCUCUAAAAAAGAAUCAUUCAAUAGGAUGGUACAACUAUGUUUCUUAAUCCAGAUGAUGUGAGAACUAGCAAGAUGAGAGACCUAUGGACAGAGAAGUACACAUGGCCCCAAUACUGCCCUUCACUUAUUUUCUCAUUUAUCAUCUGCUGAUUUAAGCAACUUCCAAGCACUAACACAGCUAGAGUGAGGCAACAAUGAUUAUAACUCAACUGUCCUUUACUGGCCCCUCUUGUAAUUAUUUUUGGAGAAAUGUCCAAACUGUUCCUUUAAAUCUAAGAGAAUGCACCAAAACAGAGAUGUGAAAUAUUUUAAAUAGAAUAUCAACUGUUUUUUUUCCCCCCCUGCAUGCUUUGGUACAUCGUGAACAUACAAUUUAUCUAAAGCAUGUUUUGAGACUCCCUUAACUGCCCCUACCCUAACCACUCAAGAAGAAAAUUGGAAUUUUAUAUAUUUUUUUCCUUUUUGGAGGAAGGUAAUAAUUUAAGGUUACUGAUUUUGUGUUUUACUGCAAUUUAAGGAAACAUUUGGAUGGCAGAUAAUGUGUUCAUAACUUUGGCUGUGUGUGGAUUUCUGCUGGCAUCACCGAUGAAUUUUCUUCCUGUUCACUGUUUGUUUUUUCCAGUGUAUGAACAAUCAUGUACCCAACUGUCCUGGGAUGAAGCUGAAUUUUAGGUGGACCUAAAGAGUUGUGUAGUACCCCCACGAAGACAGUACUAAUAUACCCUCCUCUUUUCAUUUCAUCUCUUUGGAAAUUUAUUGUAUUGAAGGGACUUAAUAUUUGUGAGAGUGUAUUUGCUACAAGUGUAUGCUUGUACUUUCUUAGCUUCGUGAUAUAAGGAACAGAAAGAGGUAAAGAUGGCUCAGGGUGUGGCAGGGACAAAUGAGGACUAGGUCAAUUCAAAUGUGCAGGUUAGAAUGAAUUCUUGUGGGCACAGUGCUUUCUGGGAAAUUCUGAAUGGCUAUAUUUGCAUGCCUCCUUCUUCAAGAAAGGAAAUAGGCAAGUUGUUAGGGCCUAAAAAUAAAUAUGAGAGUCAGACACCAAAUAAAUCAAGUUUUACAUAACAGUUAUAUGCCCGGUUUAUUUAGGUGAGAUUUCACAUUACAGAGUACUUGAGGGGGGCAUGAAAAUGGGUUAGCCUCUCUUUUCUAGUCUGGCAAAAAUUCAGAAAUUCAUCACAUUGCUUUGCCCUAAUUUUGCCGAGAAAAUGAUCUACAGCUCCUGUUGGAGAUAUGUGCUGCCUCUCUCUAAUAGUGGUCAAUCACUUUUAAAAAGCCAUUCUAAUCUGGCUUUUUAGAACAGUGAAAAUAACCAUUAAGCAGAUUGGAAGAGAUUUCAAGUCAUUAAAACAUUCCGUUGAGAAUUUUCUGGAGGGACAAAAUUGGAGAAUGAGAGACCAGGAUUUAGAUUUGGCUACGGAGUAGGGAAUGCCUUUUCUGCAUACAUACAAGCAACUCUAUGUGUGCAACAGUGUGUGUAUGUUUGUAUACACGUACACACUCUUUUAAGGAAAAGUCAUGAAAAGAAGCAAUAGAGUGACCUCAUGUUUUGCAAGAGCACAUAAAGAGUUAAAAUUAUAGUUAAUACCCGAGCAAUUUAGGACAUUUACCAGAUUGUAUUAAGAAAUAUUAAAGAAGUUAUUGGCGUGUCUUUAGAACUAGUUCAACUAUUAAACUUAAACCUUGGGUCUUUACCAUCUACUUCCAGAAGAAAUCAAAACAAACAAAAAGGUUUUCAAGCUGAUUCUGUAUAACUUCCAAAGUGAAAGAAACACAAAUAACUUUUGAAUAGGAAGAUACAGAAAAGAAAAAUGAUUAACUUUUACUUGUUGGCAAAUGGAGAAAGACCAGAAUAUUUUAGUGAGCUUGAUGUUAUUUUUAUAGUUACUUUGUCUCAGUUCUACACCUCACAAAACUAUGAAGUCUUUAUAUAUGUUAUAAAGGUUUGACAAAACAUACAUUAGUGAAGGCAUUUAGAUGAAAAUUAUGUUUUACUUACUCUCCAAAUGUUAUUUCAUCCUGUCUCCAAAAUGAUUCCGUAAAGUAGAAAAAGAACAGAAAAGGCUGCAAAUAUCAAACAAAAAACUGCAUGUCCCUAGUUUUAAGACAGAACUUACAGUAAAAAAGGUACUGGUUACAAUUUUUUUUUUACUUUGAAAUACUCAUUUUACCAAAAGAGAUAUGUUACAUAUAUGGUCAUCUUUAGUUAUAUUUUAUAUAUUAUUUAGUAAGUACUAUCUGUAUACGAUUAUCCAAAAAAAAAAAAAAAUUCCCCAAAUGCAAAAGAAAAAAAGAAUAGAGGUAAAAUUGAAGUUUGUAUAUAUGAGAGUUAUCUUAGAAAUGUUUUUAAACCUCCAGUUUCUGCAAAAUAAUUAAAAUAUACAGUAACUGGUAUCUUAAGAUCCUGAAUUUAAUGUAUUAAAUACUUGUAAGAUUUCUUUAUAUUGGUGCCUUUUUAAAAUGCAUUGAGAGAGUGUUGGUUAGCUGUUGUAGCUCUACAAACACUUUUAUUAUGUAUUUUUAAAAACCACUUAAAUUUGAGUACUAUAUAAUACAUCUUCGUGUUCUAGGGCAAAACCAUCAGAGGAAUUUCCAGUACAGAGGAUUUCAGCUCAUCUGUUUAAAGUAAAGGAAACUUUGAGACAAGAUUUUAAUCUCAUUAGUUUGAUAGUAUUUCUGAAUAUCAUUACAAGAUCACAUAGGUAAAAUAUGGCAUAGAGGGAAAUUUCAUUUGUGAAUUGCAUUAUGGUAUGUGUUUUUGUUUUGUUUAAAAGGAAGAAUAAGUUCUAGUAUCACACAAGGCUUUAUUAGUGGAAUUUUUGGUCAAUAAAAUACAGUAUUGUUUUGGAAUUCCAUUUACAGACUAGUGUUGUACUAGUCUGAGAACCUGUCUCCUAAUCUGUUAAUGUUUUAUGGAAUAAUGUAAAGAAGCAGGUAAUUAAUUCUCCUUGAACAAAACAAAACUGAACAGUCAUAUCACAUUGCUGUUCUCCAAAGCAUAAUCUCAAAUGGUUUCCUACCAUGAUUGUGUAUUACUUGCAAUGGAUGUGUUAGGAUAUGACAGCUUUUAAAAAAAAAAAAAUGAGCUGCUUGUUAUACAAAGCAAAUGUCAUAUGACCAAGAAGCUGUGAUAUGCUAGUGUUUCUUUUUAUCAUAGUGUGUUGCUAGGCCAAAUAAUGACACCUUGAAUAUUUUUACAUUUAUUGCAGAAACCUAAAAUUUUGGGAUUUCCAUAAGGUUUUUAUGUAACAUUAUAUUUCUAGCUUUUUAGUUUUCUCUUGCUGUACUGUAAGUUUGUGGAUAUUUUUCACAUGCACAGUUAGAAAUAAGUUCCUAAUUCUGUUUAUGGGGUUUUUCCUCCCAUAACACUGCAUUUGUAUAUUUUCUGUAUAAAUUUGUUGUGAAUUAACCUUUACCCCCAUACAGAGAGUGGUACGUGAAUGACUAGUUUUCUAAGAUGUCCUUUUUAUUGUGAAUAAAAUAUAAAAUUUAGAGGCCCUCUGCUAAGCCACAUAAAAUACAACAUAUAACUUCAGAAAAGUACAGAUAAGCCAGUUUGCAGUUAAUUGGGCCCUUCAAAUUACCUCAAGUGACACACAGUAAGAAAAGUUUCUCAAACGGGUGGAGGUCACUGAAUCCCCUACUAUGCACUUAUCAGGAUUCUAUUUAAUUUACUGGAAAUGGAUUUUUAGAAAAUGAAUACACUGUAACAAGGGAAGGACUCUGGGUUUUGUUUUUUGUUGUUUUAUUAAUUUGUGUGUGUUUUUUUAAGUAGUUCAAUUUCUGAAACUGUGAUAAAACAUUUUGACUGUCAAGCACUCUCAGAUUUUGAACACAAAUCACUUCCCCUUCUGAGUAACGAAGGUCUUUAUUAGCUCUUAAGUUUUGUCUCCUCCUCCUAACCUCCUUUGCUCCCUGUCAAUGUCCCUUCCAGCACUGCCUCUGGACAUUUCUGCCUCUCUUCCCCCCACUAGUUUGAAGAUUAGGUCGGCUCUUAACUUCCAACUCAUCAGUCUCUUCAGUCUUAACAUUUUUUUGUGUGAUUUUUGUUAGCUGUAUAAUUUGCUGACAUAUUUUUAUACUCAAGUGUAGUUUUAUAUUAAAAAAGAGAAGUAGUUGGAUUAAAAAUAGUAAAGUAUAUAACCCUUGUGCUACUUUCAAAUAUUGGGUACCUAAAAUAGGACUUCAGAGAUUAUGUCAUCGUAAUAUGGUAUGUUUGCCUUCCUUUUUUUGUUGAGUUUUGUGUUCUGAUUUGGUUUUCCUUCUAAAAUGUAUGAGAGAUUAAACAGUUUUUUGCAAAAAUUUAGGAAGAUGUUAAAAAUCUAAAGCAAAAAGUCUUAACUGUCUCCCAGUUGGGAGAACAUGCUUUAACAUUACUAUAAUAAUAUUCCAGGUUUGGAGGGGGUUCUCCAGGCUUCAUAUCUGCUCUUAAUAGUUGGACCUUUUAGACCAUGUGUUAUUUGCAAUCUCAGAAUGAUUCCUUCUGCUAUUUAAAGGAUAUUUUUCUUUUCUUUCUGUACAAGUGCAAUACUUUCCUUGAAGUCUUAAAAACUAUGGUUAUUUUUUUUUAACUGACGUAUUCUUUAAUGUCAAAAAGAAACCCUUGAAAAUCAUGGUAUGUUAGUUAAAGGACACAACAAGCAAAGGAAAAAGGCACUCCAUAAUCAAAAGAUUAGAAAACGUCAAAACCACUAGUCUAAUCUUAGGGUAUUCUUUAUUUGGGCUAAAUUUUAAUUGAAAAUGGUAAUCUUUUGUCUGAGAAAUGUGUCCUAAAGUUGAAAAAGUUGCAAUUCUUAGACUGAAUUUUCUUCUUACCCUUGUCCAAUGUUUUAAAUUAAGAACCUAAUAUUUUUUUAUUUCAUUUUCGUUCUUUUGGAAAUGAACUUAAAAAAAAAAAGCAAAGCACUUAGCUCAAUUUUAAACACCUAUCACCUACUGAAGACAAUUUUUAAGAAAUAUUUGGAGCACUGUUUUCAUACAGAUUUAAGUAAGAAGUAUUUUUCGUAUCAUACAUAUUUAUAUGUAGAAUGCUGGUUUUCUUUUUUAUACCUGUGUCCCUGUAGUAAAACUGCUGUAAUGUAAAUACAUGUUUUGUUAAAAGAUAACAUUUCUUUGGCAUUUCUUUUAAAGGCAGUUACUGCAUUUGUAUAGUAUGUGUCUUGGCCAUUUUAGAUUUUUUUCUUUAACAAUACCAAAGGUAAUUAGACUACUUUAAAAACUAAUUGCUUGACAGUUUCUAGGAUAUUUUGAGUUUUAGAAGCAAAAGAAAAAUAAGAUAGGUCAAACCAGUAAACCUCAUUUUUUUUCAAACUAAUAAUUUGGGAAAAUAAAAAUUGUUUUAAAAAGAAAUAUAUAUAUCUAUGUAAAAUUAAAAUUCCAGAACUUGUAUGUCAGGUUUGCUCAGUGUAAUGUUUUUUUAAGGCUCAAAUACAAUACCUCAGAAAAUGAGGUUUACUAUGGAAAUACUGAAACAGUCUUUGCAGCUGUGUGACAAGUCACUCUGCUAUAUUACCAAUUUGGAGACCUCUGCUAAACAGUUUUAUCACUGCAGACUAAAACGUGGGACUUGUAUUUUCUUUGUUUUUAAUGCACACACAUACAUGUUCUGUGCAUGUAUGUGGCUACUGUGUAUACGUGUAUGAGUGUUGUAUAUGCAUGUGUGAGUGUGUGUCUGUAUGUGUGUACAACUAAAGAAGCUGCAGAAACUUUGUAAUACUUUGUGAAAAGGAUUAUAUUAUAAAGGUUUGUACUGUCUGAGUGCACAGCUACUGGAAUAAAUUUAGGGAAUCUCAGGAACAAGCAUAUAAUUUGUCCAAGAUUUAUUUCUUCUCAGAAGUGUAAGUGCAGUUUUUAAUUCUGUAUAUUAUUUAAUAUUUUACCAAUAAAAUAAACU